CUUCCCCAGCAGAGCAGGCAAACCGCUCCCAGUCCCAGUCUCUCACCUGAGGUGACUGGCGUCUCUUGUCGCAAGCCGCCAGAAGCUUCGGCCCCUGACGCGUGGGGGCCCCGUCCGCCCCCGCCCCCGUCCCCACGUUGCCGGCCAUGGCGGGGCAGCCACCGCCGUCCGGGGCCUCCGAGGACGACUUCCUCGAGCACUUCUUCGCCUUCCCCUCCGCGGCCUCCGCCGGCGCUGCCGGGGGCCACGCGGGCGCCGGUGUUGGCGGGGACCACCCCUUCCCCCUCGCCCUCAGCCUCGACGCCGCCGCCGAGGCCAAGCCGGACCGUGAUCCCGUGCAGCUCGCCGGCCUCUUCCCGCCGGUGUUCGCUGGCGCCGGCGGCGUGCACCAGCCGCACCUCCGCGGCCCACCGCCUCCGCAGAUGUUCCAGGCGCAGCCGAAGCCGGGCGAGGGAGGCAUGGCGCCGCAGCCGCCAGCCCCGCGGCCCAAGGUGCGCGCGCGGCGGGGGCAGGCCACCGAUCCCCACAGUAUUGCGGAGAGGCUAAGGAGAGAGAGAAUUGCAGAAAGGAUGAGGGCAUUGCAGGAAUUAGUCCCCAACACAAACAAGACAGAUAGGGCAGCCAUGCUAGAUGAGAUCCUUGAUUAUGUGAAGUUUCUUAGGCUUCAAGUAAAGGUUCUGAGUAUGAGCAGACUGGGCGGUGCUGGCGCGGUUGCGCAGCUGGUUGCUGAUAUUCCACUCUCAGUUAAGGGCGAGGCAGGCGACGGCGGGGGGGCGCCGCAGCAGCAGCAGCAGCAGCACGUGUGGGAGAAGUGGUCGACGGACGGCACGGAGAAGCAGGUGGCGAAGCUGAUGGAGGAGGACAUCGGGGCGGCAAUGCAGUUCCUCCAGUCCAAGGCGCUGUGCAUGAUGCCGGUCUCGCUCGCGAUGGCGAUCUACGACACCCAGCACCCCCUGGACGGCCACGGCCACUCGCUGAAGCCCGAGCCCAACGCGUCAUCCUAGUACAGUAACGUCGUCCUUAGCGUGCCUUCCAAUUCCAACACCCACCCCCCUUCUCCCUAAAAAGUACUGUUAGGCGCCGAUAUUAUCCGGAAGAAAAAAAGAAGUGUAUGAUAUACCGAGCGUGCGUUUCCAGUGUGCUGACCCGUGGGAUAGGAAAGGACCGAAAAUUGUUGGUAUAUGAUGAUUAUGUAGCCUCCUGUUUGCCUGUUCUGUUUCAAAUCAAAGCAAUGCUCAUGCAUCCAGGUUUCAAUGUGCCUAUGAGUGCAAGUGAUGGGCAGCAGAGAGUCUGGCACUGCUCUCAUGCUGCCUGUUUCCCUUUGGGCGGUGUAGUGCACUGGCCAUAGACUUGGGUGGGUGGUGGUAGGGCCGCCCGCCGGUCGCCCCUUUUGGUAGUGGGUGUUUGGACCAAUGGAAAGAGGCUGCUGAUGUAUGUGCUGGUAAUUCUGAGCGAGCAAACGGUUGACG